AUGGGAUUUGGAGAAAGAUGGCUGAAAUGGAUGGAAGCGACAGUGUUUACUAGUACAAUGGCAGUCCUAGUUAAUGGUAGUACUACUGCAGAUUUCCAGGUUUCAAGAGGCCUAAGGCAGGGAGAUCCUUUGUCCCCAUUUCUUUUCACGAUAGUUGCAGAUGGAUUAGUUGGAAUGAUGAAACAAGCUGUAAGUGGAGGUUUGUACAGAAGCUUCAAAUUAACAAGCACAGUGGAGUACAAUCUGCUGCAAUUUGCAGACGACACAAUAUUGUUUGGAGACGGGUCAUGGUCAAAUUUGUGGACUUUGAAGGCAUUAUUAAAGGGAUUCAAAAUGGCAUCCGGUCUGCGUAUCAAUCUGCACAAAAGCAAAUUGUAUGCAGUAUGCAGUUCAGCAUACAAGGUGGAAGCUAGUGCAACGUUCCUGGGUUGCAAAAUUGAUAGACUGCCUUUCAAGUUCUUGGGAAUAUGGGUGGGAGGAAACCAUAGGAAUUCUAUUUUCUAG